AUCAGGAGCUGGACGUUUCCCCGUCUCUGCCCAGCCGCCUUCUGCGAACUGGCCUUUGCCCUCCUCCCCGCUCGGGGGAGAUCCGUCUUGAGAUUAUCCCUCAUUUGGCCAGUUUUUGCCUUACGUCGGCAUCUGUCAGAAGAGGAAGCGAUCCUGCGGCCAUGUUGGAGGCUGCCUUUGGUCACGUAUCAAAGAUGGACGAGCCAGACUUGGUUGGCCUGAUGGCAGGGAGGAGCCCCGAUGAAAUUGAGGCUACAAACAGUGGAAAAUUCUGGGAACGGACAGUGCAGAAGAUCUUGGGUAGGCAGGACACCCUCAGCACAAAUGCACAGCGCCAGCUUUUCAGACAGUUCUGUUACCAGGAUGCCGAUGGACCCCGAGAGCUUUGCAGCCGACUUCACCAUCUUUGCCGUGAUUGGCUGAAGCCAGAUCAAUGCACAAAGGCUCAGAUCCUGGAUUUGGUGAUCUUGGAACAGUUCUUGGCUGUCCUUCCACUGGAGAUGGUGCGCUGGGUGAGGGAAUGUGAAGUGGAGACCAGUUCCCAGGCGGUGGCCCUGGCCGAAGGUUUCCUCCUGAGUCAGGCAGAGGACAAGAAGCAGACACAGCAGCAGGUCCUGUUCGCAGAAAUGGCUGCUGAUAUUCCUGGAGCAGCGAGUAUUCCAUGGAUGCUGGAAAUAUCGCCACUUCUUUGUGCUGAAGUAGAAACAGCUUCUGGGAAACUGGAUCAGGAUCUGGUGACCUUGGAGGAGGUGGGUGUCUAUUUCACCGAGGAGGAGUGGGCCCUGCUGGAUCCGGAUGAGAGGGCCCUCCACAGGGAAGUCAUGGAGGAGAACUGUGGGAUUGUGGCCUCCCAAGGAGAUGAAAGGUCCAGAUGUAAAGAAAGGGGAAAACAGAGAACAAAAACGGAUGCCAAACAAAACAGGAGGGGGAAACCCUUUUUCUCACGAAGUGGCGAUGUCUCUGAAAUCCCAAUCCAAGAGAAAACAGACAACGGGCAGGAAGUGAGUCAGUGCCCCUUGUCUGGGGACAGCUUCAUCUGUAAAUCGCGCCUUGAAAUUCAUCACCGAAGUCGCACGGGGCGGAGAUUGUUUGAAUGCUUCAAGUGUAGCAAGAGCUUUUCUACUAAUUCAUACCUUAAAGAACACCUCAGACGUCAUAUGGGGGAGAAACCGCAUAAAUGCUCAGAGUGCGGAAAGAGCUUCAUUAAGCGCAUACACCUCAUUUGCCAUCAAAGAAUCCAUACAGGGGAAAAGCCUUAUAAAUGUUUGGUGUGUAGCAAGAGCUUUUGUCAUAAAUCAAGCCUGAGAGAACACCUCAGGAUUCAUACAGGGGAGAAACCAUAUAAAUGCUCAGAAUGCAGAAAGAGCUUCAGUCAGAGCGCACACCUCAUUUACCAUCUAAGAGACCACACAGGAGAGAAACCAUAUAAAUGCUUGGAAUGUGGAAAGGAGUUUAGUAAAAGAGGCAAGCUUUCUUUGCAUCAAAGAACUCACGCAGGGGAGAAACUAUAUAAAUGCUUGGAAUGCGGAAAGAACUUUAGUAAGAGAGUCCGUUUUCUUGUGCAUCAAAGAACUCACACAGGGGAGAAACCGUUUAAAUGCUUGGAAUGUGGAAAGAGCUUCAGUGAGAAAAUAGGCCUCCGUAGACAUAAAAGAAUCCACACAGGUGAGAAACCCUAUAAAUGCCUGGAGUGUGGAAAGACUUUCACUGAGAAAACAGCCCUCAACAAACAUGAAAGAAUUCACACAGGGGAGAAGCCAUACACAUGCUUGGAGUGUGGAAAGAGCUUCAGUCAGAAAGCAGAUCUCAACAGACAUAAAAUAAUUCACACAGGGGAGAAGCCAUAUAACUGCUUGGAGUGCGGAAAGAGCUUCAGCAAAAAGAUACAUCUUGGUAAUCAUCAAAGUAUUCACACAGGGGAGAAACCAUAUUCAUGUUUGGAAUGUGGAAAGGGCUUCAUUAGAAACUCAGCUCUUAUCUCUCAUCAAAGAAUCCAUACAGGGGAGAAACCAUAUAAGUGCUCUGUUUGUGGAAAGAACUUUAGUAGGAGAGACAGUUGUCUUUUGCAUCAGAGAAUUCAUACAGGGGAGAAACCCUAUAAAUGCUUGGAAUGUGGAAAGGGCUUCAGCCAGAACACACAUCUCAUUUACCAUCUAAGAAACCACACCGGGGAGAAACCGUAUCAGUGCUCAGUGUGUGGAAACAACUUUAGUAGAAGAGACAAAUUGAUUUUGCAUCAAAGAAUUCACACCGGGGAGAAACCAUAUGAGUGCCUGGAGUGCGGAAAGAGCUUCAGCCAGAGAUCAACGCUCGAUAGUCAUAGAAGAAUUCACACAGGGGAGAAACCAUAUGAAUGCCUGGUGUGUGGAAAGAGCUUCAGCCAGAGAUCAACGCUCAACAGACAUCAAAGAAUUCACACAGCGGAAGAGAAUGCUUGGAUUGUGAAUCUAAGCAAAAGCUUCAGUUCUCAUCAAAGAAUCCAUACAGAGGAGGAACCACAUUUUCUUGUGCAUCAGAGAACUCACGUGGGAGAAACCAUAUAAAUGCUUGGAAUGUGGAAAGAACUUCAGUCAGAAGAUUCAUCUCACUAAUCAUGCAAGAACUCAUACCAGGGAGAAAGCAUAGAAGUACCUCGGGCCAGGAAAGAGCUUUACUCCGAACUAAACAGAAACUGGACAAUGUCUCAAAUUACAAAUGAUAAAACAAUACAGAUGCUCAGAUUGUUGCACGAUGUAGCCAACUCCCUCCUCACACACACUUUGAAUCCUUUUUAUCAGGAGCCAUGAAUAAUCAGCUUCCAUUCAUACCUCUUCAUGGGUGUUGAAAGGGGUUAAUCCCUUAUUUCCACAAGUUCCUCUUUGCCUGGGUGUCAAAUGGCCACACUUCUCAAGAGUAUCAGAGCACCUAGCCUGUUUGGCUAAUUUCCUUGCCUGCUCAUCCCUGCCCUAGAGAUAUAGGAUAUAAGGAUAAAAGCGGGGCUAUUCCUCUGUGAAAUUUUGUCAUCCCUUUGGACACUCCCUCUCCUGGCUCGGGACACACAUGUAACUUCCAUGAAAUUUUUGGAACUUCUCUUUAGGACAGCCUAGGAUAGAGUUAUUUAGAGAGUAGACUAAAGUAAUGACAACAGAUUUAUGUAACUUAAAAGUUGACAAUGAGGACCAAGGAUUAUCAAUACCUUGAUAAAGUCAUUAACCAAAAGGGAGACAAUAGUCAAGAAAUUAGAAGAAGGCUAGGACUGGGGAGGGCAGCUAUGAGAGAACUAGAAAAGGUCCUCAGAUGCAAAGAUGUUAUCACUGAACACCAAAGUCAGGAUCAUUCAGACCGUGGUAUUCCCGAUCUCUAUGUAUAGAUGUGAAAGUUGGACAGUGAAAAAAUCGGAUAAGAGAAAAAUCUGCUCAUUUAAAAUGUGGUGUUGGAGGAGAGCUUUGCGCAUACCAUGGACUGUGAAAAAGACAAAUGAUUGGGUGUUAGAAUAAAUUAAACCAGAACUGUCACUACAACCUAAAAUGAUGGAACUGAGGUUAUCGUACUUUGGACACAUCAUGAGAAGACCUGAUUCACUAGAAAAGACAAUAAUGCUGGGAACAACAAGGGAGUAGAAAAAGAGGAAGACCAAACAAGAGAUGAAUUGAUAUAAAGGAAGCCACAGACCUGAACUUACAACAUUUCAACAGGGUGGUUCACGACAGAUGCUAUUGGAGGUCACUGAUUCAUAGGGUCGCCAUAAGUUGAAAUCAACUUGAAGGCACAUAACAGGAACUGGAGCAUAAUUUGAGAACUGCACAUUUGGAUACUUAGGAUGUGAUCCUAAAGUGGGCACCUCUGUCCCUUCACCAGCAUGGGCACCCCUAUGCCACUGGAGACACCCCUAGCUCCCCCAGACCUUAAUUCUGGAAUCAGAUCCUUGUGACUUUCUGUUUCUUAGCCCAACCUCUGGUUACUUCUCUUAAGCUAACCUUUGACCAGUGACUUCAUUAGAACGUUUUCUGCACUAGUCACUGAGCAUUCCGUUACUUUAACCCAAAGGAGAUCCAAAAGAAAUGUAUUUAUUAUUUAUUUACAAAUAUACAACAUAUGUAUACUGCUUUUUCAUUUAUAAACCUCAAAGCGAUUUACAAGUUAAAAACAAAACAGUACAGUAAAAAUACAGUAAAAACAAAAGCGAACUAUUGCAAAAAGACUUCUUAAUUACCUGCAUAAGCCUGGUGGAACAGAAAGGUUUGCAGCAGGUGCUUAAAAAUUAAAACAAGGCGCCUGCUGAAUCUCUGUUGGCAGAGCAUUCCAGAGAACCGGGCUGAUGGCACUGAAAGCUCAAUUUUGUGUCAAUGUUAAAUGAGCUUCACCAACUUGGGGGACGACCAAAGCCGCUCCUGCAGAUGAUCUCAGUGGUCAAGCUGGGAUAUAAGGGUUCAGGUAGUCCCUGAGAUACCCUGGACCUAAGUUGUUCAGGGCUUUGUAAAUUAAUACAAGGACCUUGAACCUGGCUUGGUAGUGAAUGGGCAGCCAGUGCAGAUGUUCAACCAUGUGCCCAUCAGCAGUCUGGCUGCCGCACUUUGCACCAGCUGAAACUUCUGAACCAGGGCCAAGGACAGCCCCACAUAGAGCGCAUUGUAGUAAUCCAGUCUUGAGGUUACCAAUGCAUGGACUAAAGUGGUGAAGCUAUCCCUGUCCAGGAACAGCCAUAGCUGUUGAACCAGACAAAGCCUGAGCCACAUAUUCCCACUUUUAACCCAGAGAUGAUGCAGGAUUCAGAGAUAAUAUUCAUACUAAUAAAUUUCAACCGACUCAAUACAGUCCAAUUGAAUCUAACACACAGCAAAUAGAUAAAGUCUUUGUCUGUGACAGCCUCACUGCCGUGACACUUGAUGGGAAAGAUUCAUGUUCCAAGAUUUGUUAUCCUAGUUCCAAUGUCUUCAGCCAUAAAAUCAUCAACUUUAAGCUUAUCUUAAAGACAAAUUCUUGGAGUGACUACUAUCAAUGACAUGCAAUAAAAUCACACUGAUAAUCAGGCUGUGAAUUACCUGUAUUGUAAAUCGCUAACUGGCUGCAAUUAGUGGGACAUUUUGUUUGUAGAAAUACUGAAAAACAUUCCCAAAUUGACAGUUUUGAGUAUGUCCAGAUGUGUAGCAAGGAAGUUUCAUGUCUAAGAGAAUUAAUGUACAUUAUUCUGUAGCUGGAAUUUAUAGUAUUUAUUUCAUGUUCAGAUAUAUUGUGGAAUAUACCAUCUUGUUAUAUUUUAGAAUAGUUAAUUUUUCUCUGACAGUUGCGAUAAGCAGCUGGUAAUGUUUCAUAAAUGUGAUCUUCAAAGGAAAAUGUAGUAUAAAUAUUCAUGCUUUUUAGUGUUAAGGCAGUCUUCUCUGAGAAGGCUCAUACCCUUGCUUGCUUGCCCAGAUAGCUUUGAAGAUUCAGAUAUUUAAAGGGUAAUUCUCAGCUCUAUUAACCUAAAAUAUCUAUGCUGGUAUUGUAUUGUACGUUGUUAUCUUCACUGCA